CCCCCCACCCGGCCCCCAAUAAUCUUGCCAAUUGCUGUGAAUAAUGACAAACUAAAUUAAUUCUCUCUAUCUCUCUCUCCCUCCAUACCCCUUCCAUCAUCCACCCUCUAUGAUGGAGAGAGAGAUCCAACCACAACACAGCCCAAAUCCUCCUCCAAUAAUGGCCGCGAAUGGCAGUAAAAUUGGAAAACUAGAACCCUCGCCCUCGCAGGCAACAACUACAACCUCCCAACUCCUCCCCAUAACCGCCACCGUCGCCUCCCCCAAGAAACUGACUCUCAUCCCCCUUAUCUUCCUCAUCUACUUCGAAGUCGCCGGAGGCCCCUACGGCGAGGAGCCCGCUGUGCAAGCCGCCGGGCCGCUAUUCGCGAUCCUGGGCUUCCUCAUCUUCCCCUUCAUAUGGAGCAUCCCGGAGGCCCUCAUCACGGCGGAGCUAUCCACCGCCUUCCCAGGCAACGGCGGCUUCGUCAUAUGGGCCGACGCCGCCUUCGGCCCCUUCUGGGGCUCUCUCAUGGGCACCUGGAAGUUCCUUAGCGGCGUUAUCAACGUCGCCGCCUUCCCUGCCCUCUGCAUCGACUACCUCAAGAAAAUCUUCCCCGUAUUCUCCUCCGGCCUCCCUCGCCACCUUGCCAUCUUAGGCUCCACUUUGGCCCUCUCUUUCCUCAACUACACCGGCCUGACCAUCGUCGGCUACGCCGCCGUCUUUCUCGGAAUCAUCUCUCUCCUUCCCUUCAUACUCAUGUCCUUGAUUGCCAUCCCCAAGAUUCAUCCCCACAGAUGGCUCAACUUAGGCCAAAAGGGCGUUAAAAAGGACUGGAAUUUGUUCUUCAACACCCUCUUCUGGAACCUCAACUUCUGGGACAAUGUCAGCACCAUGGCCGGCGAAGUCGACGAGCCGCAGAAAACUUUUCCGAUGGCUCUGUUCUCAGCAGUAAUCUUCACUUGCUUGGCUUACAUAGUUCCCCUGCUGGCAGUAACUGGGUCGGUAACUGUCGAUCAGAGUGAAUGGGAGGCCGGAUUCAUGGCCAACGCAGCCGAAAUCAUAUCAGGAAAAUGGCUCAAGUUCUGGAUCGAAGUGGGCGCUGUUUUAUCGGCAAUCGGACUCUUCGAAGCCCAGCUGAGCAGCAGCGCCUAUCAGGUCCUGGGCAUGUCGGAAUUAGGGUUCCUGCCGAAGUUUUUCGGGCUAAGGUCGACGUGGUUCAAGACGCCGUGGGUUGGGAUCUUGCUAUCGACGGCAAUCACUCUCGGCGUGUCGUACAUGAACUUCACCGACAUCAUAUCGUCCGCUAAUUUCCUGUACAGCCUGGGCAUGUUGCUGGAGUUCGCGUCGUUCGUGUGGCUGAGGCGGAAGUUUCCGGCGAUGAAGCGGCCAUACAGGGUGCCGAUGAGGAUUCCGGGGCUGGUGAUGAUGUGCUUGAUACCGGGGGCGUUUUUGGUGCUGAUAAUGGUGAUCGCAACCAAGAUUGUCUACUUGGUGAGCGGGUUGAUGACCGUGGCCGCCAUAGCCUGGUACUUCUUCAUCAAGUUCUGCAAGUCCAGGAACUUGUUUAAGUUCAGGAACCGCGGCGAUGAUGGUGGGGUUGCUGUUUAUUAAUUACUAAAGACAAUUAUAUCAUUGACUAUCGGAGAAGAAAAGACGUGUGACGCAUGUUUAUUAAUUGUGUUGAGACUUGGGUUGGGUGUGCCUUCUUGUGGUAGCAAUCAAUCAAGAGCCCUUUUCUUUUU